AUGAGCACCAAUUCGACUCUGGGGGGAACCAGAAAACAGAUGUACUUCUACGACUCUGUGUUGAACCAUGAAGGCGAAUGGGAAUGGGCUGGAGUUAUGGCAGUGACUGUUUACGUCAGAACUAGUGAGUGGGACACCAUUGAGCAGUUCAACGACUUUUGCAGGACCCUCUACCCUAACUACAAACAAGGAAUGAGGCACAAGGUGUCUACAACUGCCGACUACGCCAAUUCCCACGAUCCUCUGCUGAGUGUGUGCUUGACAGUCAGUCAUGAGUUCAUGAAUGCCACAUCCUGGCAUAUAUACGAUGUUCCGGAGUCUUCUCGUGACUUUGAUACUCUUUCGCGUAUGUCUAUCAUGGAGGCCAAGUUAGUAUCGCUUCGAGAUGCUAUUGAGUCGGUGGAUGCGAGACUAGCUGUGGAGACAUCGCAAUCACUGGACGAGUUUGCAGAUAUCAAAAGACAGGUCACAAUUCUAGAGAAGAAACUUGAAGAAGUGACAGAAAAGGAAGACCUCUCAGGAUCUAUCCAGACACUGAACCAAGGAAGCACGGCCAGCUCCAAUCUCAAGGAUCUCCCUUCUGACUUUGAGACCGACUCUGGAAUCUCAGAAAUCGACCCCGAUAAUGAGAAACAGAUUGUUAUCACUUUUGAGUCGGGCUCUGGAAGCCUUCCUCUCCAUGUGGCCGCUAUUCUCAAGACCCUGAAGACGCUUCCUAGGGUCAGGUGUGUUAAUGAUGACUCUGAAGCUGAGUGGCAGAAGAUUGGAGAAAGGCUCGUCAUCCAGACACCGCCCAAGAAGUGGAAGUUUGGCUACGGAGAAGCAGAUAUCCGAGAUGCCAAGGAGCCGCAAUUCUCGGAUGGAGAUCUGCUAUCGCUAGAGUCAUCAGACGCCUUCUCUUCAGAUUGGAGUGCAGUAAGUGAUGAUAGCAAAGUGUAG